GAAUGAACACUGUAUUUGUUUAUGAUAAACGAGAUUUAAGAGAGAGCCAUCAUGUGCUAAAACAUGAUAAUGAUGGACGUUUACACGAUGGGUUACAGUGGAUUCCUGAUACUAAAUUUCUUGUUAGUGGAGGAAAUAAUAAUUGA